CUUGGAACGACUUUGCAUCAUGAAGCCUAAAGGCAUCCCUUCGCCGGCCGUCCUUUUUCUGUCGUCGACUGCGUUGGCGAACGUGAUUAUAUUACUCGCUACGAUGUACAGAGCGUACGCACCCGAGAAGCCUUAUGUCUUCUCGUAUAUUGGUAGAGAGUAUCCUCUCGAGGUGCCUACCGGCCCAGUACCAACGGUAGAGAUGACCUUUCAAGAGUCCAUACGAUUCGGACUUGCAGAUAACACAAGCGCACCGAACUGGGACACCCUCGUAAAGAAUCAGUUCGGAAUCGGGUUCCACCACAUUGGUCCCUUUCACCAUCGCUACAUCUCAGCCGCAUACCACGCCUUACAUUGUGUUUUUUCUAUGGGCCGAGACAUGGAGAAACCCAACCAUCUCACGGAUACGAGUCACCAUCUCGUUCAUUGCAUGAUGUAUAUGCGACAGUUGUUCAUGUGCAACGCCGAUGCUACCCUCGAACCGGGUGAUUUCAUGGCUCGCAAUUUGUCUAUCGACCGGAUGGGAGUGACACGCCAAUGUAGGGAUUGGAGGACGGUUGCCAAGUGGAUAGACCAAAAUGCGGUAGAGUGGGCUAAGUAUAAUGGGGUUUCCGCGGAAGAUAUACAGAAAUUCUUGCAAUGAAGAUUCGGCUCGGUAUGCCAAGUUACGACCUUAGCUUUUGCUGUAUGAAUUUUGUUAGUUUAAUUUUCCUAGGCUUUGCUGCACUACCAGCGUACGUCCACCUGACGAAUCGUUCAAAAACGAUCUAAGGUGCCUGAUGACGACCCAAUUACCCUGCGUCAAACUACUAUACGAAUCCGAAACUGACAAACUGCGCCAGGAUAACACUUGACGUUUUCAUACCCGGGGUGUUAUCGCAGUUGUACAGUUGCGGUGCCAUAAGUGCGACGUCAACGGCGUGUUCUAACAAACCAUUUUCUGAUAU